AUGGAGAAUCUCGACAGCCUCAAGGCGACGGAGCUGAGGCUUGCGCUGCCGGGAACCGAGGAAGGUGCUCCGCCGGCCUCCGGCAGGGCCUGCAAGAGAAUGUCGCCGGAGGCCGGCGAUGGCGGAGGUGGCGCCGCCGCGCAGCCGUCGAAGUAAGUUUUCCUCCCGGUAUCUCCAUUUCCGGCGGAGUUUUCUCCAGAUCCGGCGAAGAUUUAUCCAGAUCUGGAGAAAUUUCGGCCGCGGGAGGGGCCGUGGUUUUUGCACCAUCUGAUUAGGGCAAAGUCUCUCCGCAGGGCGCAGGUGGUGGGAUGGCCGCCGAUCCGAUCCUACAGGAAGAGCUACCUCGAGGAGAAGAAGAAUGCGGAAACCUUCGUGAAGGUCAGCAUGGACGGGGCUCCGUACCUGAGGAAGAUCGACCUCGGCGUGCACAGAGGGUACAAGGAGCUCCGUGAGAGCUUGGUCGGCAUGUUCAAGUGCUUCUCCUUGGGGUUCUCUAGCACGGAAGGAGGAUGCAGCUCGGAAUAUGCCAUCGCGUACGAGGACAAGGAUGGGGACUGGAUGCUGGCCGGGGACGUCCCUUGGGAGUAAGUUUCCCAGACCAACAUUCUAGAUUGAAUCCGCUCUCCCUUGCAUUUCUAGGCGACCAAUUCUUCAUGAAAUACGGCAAAAUCCCUUCAUCUUCUUCACCGCCCAAAUCCUAAUUCCAUCUAAGGUGUUCUCAUGAAACACUACCAAAAUCUCUCUCUCUCGCUCGCUUGCUCACUCUGCUCCCUCCAAACCAUGAUUCACAUCCGGGAAACCAGUUAUUUCCAUCGAAUCCCUUCAAUCCAGGCCGGAGACUCAAGUUUUGCUCGCAAUUUGUCGCAGGAUGUUCGCUUCAUCAUGCAAAAAGUUGAGGAUAAUGAAGUGGGCCGAGGCGCGAGGGCUGGGCUCCAGCUCUUGA